CCUGCAAUCGACACACUGACGCAGCACAAACCACUGUUUCGAGAAGUGUUGUUGCCAUCUUUUUUUUUCCUUGUCUUCUUUCUUACUUUCUGUUUCUGUUACAACCCAGAGGACGCACUCCUCGCUGUCAAAGAUUCCCUCUUUUUCUUUCUCAAACACUGAAAUUUUCCUGAGAAACAAUCACUAUUACCAUGUUGUCUGUUUCCUGCAUCUAAAUAAGACACUAAUCCUUGUUGAGUCAUUUUCCUUUUUUUGGUGGGGGAAAGUCAUGGGAUGUUCUAGCUCAAAGCUAGAUGAUCUCCCUGCUGUUUCUCUUUGUCGGGAAAGAUGUACUUUUUUAGACGAAGCGAUUCAACAACGAUUUGCUUUAGCUGAAGCUCACGUUGCUUACACCGCUUCAUUGAAGUUAUUUGGUCAGUCUUUGCAUAAUUUCAUCGAGCAUGAUUUUGGUACUUCUUUAGAGGCGUCGCCGCCUCCUUCUCCGCCGUCUCAUAAUCAACUUAAGAGUAAAGCGGUGGAUCCGAUUGAAGUUGGUUCGAGUUCACCCAAAAAAGGCGCUGUUUCUCACCGUCAUUCCCAUUUCAAUUCCGGAUCUCAUAUUCGGUUCCAUUCGGAUUCGGAUGAUGAUGAUUCGGGCGGGUCUUUGCACCAUUCAGACCACUCUUCUCCUUUGCACGGCAGCGGCGGUGGUCAGAUAGAGUAUAUGCAUCAGAAUUAUCCCAAUUAUGCAGCUUUUGAAACUGGGUCUUUUCCAGGUGGGUUUACGCAUAUGAAUUUUAUGAAGAAACAAUCAACGCCGUCUAUUGUUUAUGCACAAAGGCCUAUGAAUCCAGAGAUUGUUUAUAUGGGUGAAUCUUCAUCAUCUUCUUCUUAUUAUCCUUAUUCGUAUGUAAGUAAUGAUAAUCCAACUUCUAGUUCUAGUUCUAGUUCUAGUUCCUUCCUUAAUCCGGGUUACCCAAAUUACGGUGGUUUCAGUCAUUAUUCUAGUUAUCCGGCUCCUGGUUACGAGUCUUUAAUGCAACCGUCGGUGGGAGCGGCGGCAGGGUCAUCCUCGAAACCGCCGCCGCCUCCGCCUUCACCUCCCAGAGCUUUAGCUUGGGAUUUUUUGAACCCUUUCCAGAGUUAUGAAAACUACCAUCCUCCUUAUACGCCGAGUAGGGACUCGAGGGAGGUGAGAGAAGAGGAAGGGAUCCCUGAUUUGGAAGAUGAGGAUUAUCAACAUGAGGUAGUUAAAGAAGUGCAUGGAGAUCAGAAAUUUGUCGAUGGCGGCGCCCAUUCGAUGCCUCCGGUCGAAGAUAUGGAUGGCAAAGUUGCUAGUAGUGAAGCAGAGGCUUCACAUCAGCAGGCGAGGCCGAGCGAUGGCAUGGAGAAUGAUGGGGUGGAAUAUGAGGUUCAUGUGGUGGAUAAGAAAGUUGUGGUUGAUGAGAAGGCUGAUGAGCAUGGCAACAGGCCACAAGCCGCUCCGAGGAAUGCUUUCGAAUUGGCUCGAGAGAUACAGGUUCAGUUCGUGAGAGCUUCCGAUUCAGGGAGUGAAAUCGGCAAGUUGCUUGAGGUGGGAACACUUCACUAUCAGCGCAAACAUGGUUCUAAGAUGUUGCAUGUGGUUACUCCUUCUUUAUCAGUUGUAUCAUCAUCUCAGCCAUCUACUUCUGAAACUGCCGAGGCUUCAUCUUCAAUAGACAACACCAAUCCAGCUUUACUAGACUUCGGUGAAGAAUUGUCCAGGAAACCCAAAAACCUUUCCUCUACUUUGCAGAAGUUGUAUCUUUGGGAAAAGAAACUCUACAAUGAAAUAAAGGCUGAGGAGAAGAUGCGGGUAGAAUAUGACCGGAAAUGCCGCAAGUUGAAACGACUGGAUGAAAAGGGUGCUGAAGCUAAUAAAGUUGAUUCAACCCGGAAUAUAAUCAGGAGCCUAUCCACAAAGUUAAGAAUUGCAAUUCAAGUUGUUGACAAGAUAUCUGUGACAAUCAAUAAGAUCAGGGACGAAGAACUAUGGCCGCUGCUCAAUGAACUGAUUGAAGGGUUAAGCAGAAUGUGGAAAUGUAUGCUUGAAUGCCAUCGUAAUCAGUAUCAGGUGAUUAGAGAAGCCAAAACGUUAGGUUCUAUUGGGUCAGGCAAAAAGCUUGGCGAUGACCAUCUUACUGCAACGUUGCAGCUCGAGCACGAACUUAUUAGUUGGACACUAAGAUUCUCUCGCUGGAUCGGUGCCCAGAAGGGUUAUGUCAGGGCUUUGAAUAAUUGGCUUCUGAAAUGUCUUUACUAUGAACCUGAAGUCACUGAUGACGGAAUCGCUCCCUUCUCACCUAGUCGGGUUGGUGCACCCCCCAUAUUUGUAAUAUGUAAUCAAUGGUCACAGGCAAUGGAUAGAAUAUCUGAAAGGGAGGUGGUUAACUCGAUGCGGAUUUUUGCCAUGAGUCUACUCCAGCUUUGGGAACAAGAUAAGUCCGAAAUGCAUCGGAGAAUGAUGGUCAAUAAGGAUUUAGACAGGAGGGCUAGGAAUUUGGAUAGAGAGGAUCAAAGGUUACAGAAAGAGAUUCAAGCAUUGGAUAAGCAAAUUGUUCUGGUCUCCGGAGAUGGCAAUGGUCUCUUGGUAGCUGGACAUGUGUAUCAGAGUGACACGAGUAACGGUAAUUUGCAUGGGAGCUUGCAACGCAUUUUCGAGGCAAUGGAGAGGUUCUGUUCGGAGUCGUCCAAAGCCUACGACGAGCUUUUACAACGUGUUAAAGAAAGAAUCGCUCAAGAGCACGAGAGAGUUUCGUAGGGAGAUACAAAAUGAGAUGAACUAAGACAUCUCCUGUAAUGCACAACUUGGC